AAUCAUUGGCCGAGCCAGCACGCAUUGUCUGCAACAAUUGCGGUGUGAAAAAAAUUAUUCAAAAAACUCGCCGUUUUAGCAGUUCGCGGAGAAGAGCCACAACGAUUGCUGCUGUUCCACGAUGAGUCCUUUAAUCGCAACCCAAAUAUCAUCAUCCUUCGGAUCUAUCGAAUGAUGGCGAAGAACGUUGCCCGGCGCUUAAAUUUCUCCGAUAACGAAGAUGCGAACAGCAGCAGUAAGGACACGACGGAAACGUUCCUCGUCGACAGCAUCACUUCGUCGUGCAACGAAGCCCGAGACAGAUGGAACUUUGAUUUCAAGGAGGAGAAACCUUUGGACGGAAAUUGGGAAUGGAGUGAAGUCAAGGCCAACUCGAACGAUCAGGGCAGUCCGUAAUGCAAUUACCCACAACUAUUAACUUAAUAUAUUAUUACUAUUAUUAAUUGGUGCUACAUAUAUUUAUACAAAAA